GGUAUAAAGACACCUGACGCAGCUCAGUUGUUCAUGAAGAAAGAGACAUACUAGGCGAUGAUAAGCACGAGGAUCAUGCUGCUUCGCUAAUAUUGAACACCAUUCUAUAAUAAUACAAUCUGCUCUAGCCAGAGCGAUCCCAAUGGGCAGAUAUGCAAAUCCUCAAUACAGCGUUCCUCAGAGCUUUAACUACCUUGGUAGCAGCGCAUGGAUACGUCGACACCGCCAGCAUCGGUGGUUCAGAGUACACUUUCUACCAGCCUUACACGGACCCGUACACUAGCCCUACACCCGAGCGCGUCUCAAGAGAGAUUCAAGGCAACGGUCCGGUCACGGAUGUUACAUACGAAGAUAUCCAAUGCGGUGGAUAUACUGAUGGUGGCAUCGUGGGAUCUUCUCCAGCCACUCUCCAUGCAGAGGUAGCAGCUGGAUCUACCGUCACCGUACGGUGUGACGAGUAUAUGCCCGGCACGGACGCCGUGUGGUUCAAGAUUGCCGAAGACGUUCGCCAAGGGACGUCUAACAAAUGGAGAGCCUCUUAUCUCAUGGUCUCCGGCAACUCCAGUUACAAAUACACUAUUCCCUCAUGUCUAGCGCCAGGAUACUAUCUUGUCCGCCACGAGAUUAUCGCUUUGCACUCAGCAUACGAGUAUCCAGGGGCUCAAUUUUACCCCGGCUGUCACCAGCUGAAGGUGACGGGUUCAGGCACCACGACGCCUUCCUCUAACCUUGUAGCAUUCCCCGGCGCGUACAAGGGCUCAGACCCAGGUAUUACCUACGACGCUUACCAGACCCAGGAGUACACUAUCCCGGGUCCUGCUCUUUUCACCUGCUGA